UGGGUUUUCGAAGAGAUGGAUACAGCAGUGGUGAAGGGUUUGAUAGAAUUCUUUGAGCAAUACUGCGUCGUUUUGUUCUUGGGUGCUUCCUCCUUGGUGGUCUUGACGGCGUUCGUAGUUCGCUACGUCGGCUGCGGCGACGGAGACGGUGGUGACCACAAGGACCGAACCGCUCGGCGUCUCCGAGCCUUGCAUGGCUCUCCUCUCCGUCUCCAUUGAAUUUCGUGCCGCGAGAUUGGUCGGAGCUGGGGUGGUAUUUUCCAUUUUUAUCCAAGAGUUUUUCAAUUUUUCCUCACAUUGGCUAAGUUAGUGUUGAAAUAUAAAACUAUAUAUCCAUUACCCACCAAGGCAAUUUAACAAUAUCAAUUUAAAUCUAUGUAAUGAUAAAAGAGUAUGGAUAUAUAUAUACACACACAUAUUAUAAAAUGGAAUAUAAUUGCGUGGAAAAAAAGUCAAACAGGAGCCGUUGGAUCUUAUCUACAAAAAUAGAUACUAGAAACCUAGAACUCUUCCGUGAUCUUCACUUUUCAUCACUAGCCUCCUCUAACCCAAAUACCCCUAACUUUCACUUUAUUUACACCCCUGCCCUUCCGCCCACCUCCAUAUCUCUCUCCUCGCAUACGCCUGCCCUUUCCAUUUUCCGUACAACAAUGGCGAGAGGCUCUUCGCAGUCCCAAUCCUCGACCUCCAGCGCUCGGCCCGGCCUCGCCGCGCCACGUGGAUCCGCCGCCGCAACCGCCGGCAUGCGUCGCCGGAGACUCGGUGGCGGAGGAGGAGGAGGGUCGUCCGGAGGAUCCGCCGGAGCAGAGCCCAGCAACAUGCUGAGGUUCUACACGGACGAGGCUCCUGGUCUGAAGAUCUCGCCGACCGUCGUCCUCGUCAUGAGCCUCUGCUUCAUCGGCUUCGUCACCGCUCUUCACGUCUUCGGUAAGCUCUACCGCCACACAACCGGGUCCGACGCCCCCGAUCCGACCCGGUAAUCUUCGCGAUCUGGUGAUCGGCGGUUUUCCCCGGUUCUUCUUCUGGAAUGGAUUUUGUUUUUUUUUUGUUUGACGGUCCACGUAAACCUCUAAAUGUUGAAUAAAAAAAUGUUACUUUUCGGCAAUUGGGUCUUUUUCGAAUCUAAUAUCUAUCUCAUUCACUGCUACAAAAGUAACUAGCAUACGCAAUGGGUA